UGAACAGCACCCACACCACGGCGCACCGCUGCACUGAGCUGCGUUUGGCCUCCUCUCCGUACGCACCAUGCCGGGGCUCAGCGCCUCCGAACUGCACCCUGCCAGUCUGUACGCGGGGGACACCAUAGAAUACUACUCUAUGGCGUUCGUUGCCGGCGACCCGCGAGGGCAUCGCACGUCAGUCGUUCUGCGAGUCGACGAGGACGUUCAGGCCGAAUAUCCCAUAUCUGUGGACACUGGCGAGGUGAUCCCACGAGAUCUAAUGGUGAAACUAUCUAUAGACCGGUUUGGAAACCGGUUUAAGCCAGCCUAUGCUAUUUGGCGCAAGUUACGAUCCUACACAUUGAUACCAGGCCAGUGCGCGGCUCCGACACGAUCCAGCGCCUUCAGUAAGGCCUUGCCGGGCAUCAUUCAAACUGCAAUUGAAUCCGCAAUGCGUGGGGGUCGUGCUGAGUGUGAGGAAAUUGUGCCAGAGACGUCGGGAGACGAGAACGAUCAAGACGAGGUGGCGAUGCCAGAUGAAACUGGUGUUGCUGCGUCCAGCAGCUCACACGUCGAUGGUGACGGACACCUCGUUGGUGAAGACGUCGAUGAUGAUGCCAAGGACCGUUGUGCGUGCGAGGAAAUUUACGAAACUCCGUUGCCCACGGACCCAACCGGUGAUGCACCUACCAAUGUGGACGAGAUUACGUCCAGCAUCUCCCACACUGAUGCUCAACCUUGUGGAGUUGUGGAGAACGACAGGGCUAGCGCCAAGGAACCUACGGCAAGCGAGGAAAUUGCGGCGGCUGCGGCAGUUCCCGAUCCCACUGACCAGGAAGUGCUCGACGCCGAGGAGUACCUGCGUCAGAUUCCGAAUCGGCUUGCCAGAGCCAAGAUCCGGCACCAAGCGAAAAAGCGGGCUAGGUCUUGGCAUGUUCCUCGAUCUAGGAAGCGACGGCACCAGGCCAAGUGCGCAGUUACACGCAGUGGUACAAAACUUCACCACGCUCACUCUGUGAAAGCCAUGAAAAUGAAGGAUAUAUUGAAUAUUGCAGGCGUUAGGCUACGUCUACACGACUUACAUGACCGCCGUCCAGUGUACAAGGACCCUGCAACUGAGGAGCGUGUGUUGUCGACGGAGUUGUCGUGGCCAAAAGACAUUCAAUAUGUUACGAAGUGCAUUACGAAUGGAGUUCGAUUUCCAGAUCUCGGCUCUAUUCAUAAGUGCCGCUGUAUUGGAGACUGCUUCUGGGAUAGUUGUGACAAUGCGGAAGCUUCUGUCUACUGCACCCCUAAUUGCUGCAACCUUAGCGCACGAUGCAGCAAUGCGCCGAUCGUGCGCAAAACACUGAAGCUGUUCGACACUGGUCGUGUGGGUUUGGGUGUUUAUACCACUACCAAUUUGGACGUUGGCGAUAUCGUCGGUGAGUACACCGGUGAGCUGAGUGAGUGGUCCGCUCUAGUUCCCGGCCAGCCUGACCAAGCUUUAAAACACAACAGCGGAUAUACGCUACUCUACAACACGAAAUCUACCAAGAAGAAGUUUGUGUACGUGGAUGCAGCAAACAGUGGCUGCAUCACUCGUUUCAUCAGUCACGCCUGUGACCCCAACGCUGUUUUCGUGGAAAUGCAGAAUCGUAGAAACGUCAAAGUAUUCGUCAAGAUGGUAAAGGACGUGAAGGCUGGUGCGGAGAUCACGGUUCAGUACGGAAACGAGAGGUGGUUUGUCUGUGCAUGUGACGAGUGUUGGGAGGGACAGGCUGGAAAACCCGGAAGCAAGUAGCUUUACACGGAAACUCGCGGACACAGGACAAGUAGGAUGCAGUUUGCAGCGUGUUCCCAUAUUGAUUUGAAUGAACAGUGUCUUUAGCGGGUGCUGGAAGAGGCCUCUCACGUUACUCAUUCCGUGAUUGUAGAAACCUAAGUCCAGCAUCAACAUCAAGCGAUUCUCCCGAAGCGACACAGGUGCUAACGAAUUAUAAGUACUCUUACUACAACUUGUGUAUGCGGAAAAUUGCAAAAUGUAACUUUACCUCGCAUACAAGGUCGAGGUGUAAGGAAGUGUUAGUGCUUCCAUUAAACGCAACUUACAAAAUGGUGAAAAG